AUGAGGGGAGUUUCUCUCACUCAAGAAAACGCGGAGGAAGAAGGGAAAGGAGAGCCUACACAAGAUCCCAACGUCGGGGAUCCUAUCUACGACGAAGGGUGGAGCGACGCCACUAAUCAACGACGACACGACGGGUUUGUCACUGCAGCAGACUACUUGUUAAACGAGGCGAGCGCCGGUUGCAGGUCUUCCGCUAACCUUCGUACCGGAAGGGCUUCAUCUGCCGAGUUCUCCCGAACCCCGAACGCUAGUGCACGUGGCGACGGCUCAAACGCCGGUUGCAGGUCUUCCGCCAACACCGCCGCUGUCGCCUCUGCCAAACGCAAUCAGCUGCCUAGCAUGAUCGACCCAGUAAAUCCGUUUCAGCUUCAGCUAAAGCGUUAUGUGGCGACGCAGUGCUACUACCCGUUGUACGACUCGAGCGACCUGCGCAAGGAGUACGAUUUUGUUAUUUCCCGGCUUAACUUUAUUUGA